AUGGUUUCAGGGCGAGCUCGGAAAAGCGGCGUGUCUUCAUUCGAUUCUGGGCGUGAUGUUUGGACUGUGCAUAGCGACGUAGUUCUCCAGAAAUUGUUUGAGCUCUAUGGUGCCAAUUGGACUCUUAUCGCGCAGGUGCUUAACUCGACCACCGCAGUUUCUAGGUUUGUCUGUAAGAAGCGUUCACCACGGCAAUGUUAUGACCGUUACGGCAAGAUUAUUUCUGACAGCUUUACAAGCUGUGGGGCUGUUGCUGGAGCUACGACGAAAGAUGGCAAGUCAAGUGUCUUGCUAAAUAACCAGUGCGUCGAAAGCGUUGUAGCCGCUCAGCUUACUCCUACAGCACUCGAUACUCGCAUUGGAUUGGCGCGUGAUGAGUUGCUGGUAAAGUUUUUUCAUCGUCAUUCAUUUCCUGGAUUGCCGCCGCCGUCUAUUGCAAGCGCACCCAAUUUGGUUGAAGCACACCGACAAAAGCAAGCAACGAGCGAUGCUGCUAGCAAAGAGUUGAUUUACACGGACGGUGAACGGCUGCACGACUUACAGUCAAUUAAAACCUCAUUUGACGCUAUUAUCCAAUGCAUGAAGCGCAAGACGUCACCACCACCGAUUCCAAUUCCUGUUGGAGCUGGUUCUAUAGUAUCAGGCGCGACCGCAACGCCAACUGCAUCAAGGCCGACAGAUCUGGGGACAAAGGCGUCACUCACAGCUGCAUCGUUUCCAUCUUCUCACGUCUCAACUUCUAGUUCAGCCCCAUCUACUCCAACUAAAGCAAGCGCGACAGCCUUUGUUCCAUCAGCAGCGGCCGCGAAGGCAAUACCUGUUGUGGUGCCGCCGCCACACAAGUCGUACACGGACAUGGUUUCGCUUCUUCCAGGAGCUGUGCUUAGCCCAGACGAAGUAAUUAAGCGCAGCAAGGAUGUACCAAUGGUAGCCGUACAAGCAGCGACUACCGUAGCUCCGGUCGGGCGUGAAGGUUCACCUCUCUCUGCGAGUGGUGAUGUCAUGCUUGGCGCUGGCUCGGGAUUUGGCGUAACAGCAAAUUGUUCAGUGCCACGUCGCUUACAUGCAGCAAGUCUUACAAGCGAAAUGCGAACUGUCAGCGUGGUGUCCGUUUCAACAAUAUCAUCUACGGGUACGAGGGAUGGAGGUGCUGCCGCUACUGUAGCAUCAGCAGCUGCACAAUCGCAGACGACAACAGCCGUAACAACAGGAGGGUGGGGUGGAAUAGUGCAAGGUGUGAGCACGACUGGAUUUAAUGCUAGCGCGCCUGUGGAUUUCACAUCCGCAAGUGACAAUGAAACACAGCGAAAUGCGCCAAUUCCUGUGACCACGUCGACGUUAUUGCACGUGCUGGACCGCAUGCCCGAGAUAAAGAACAAGAUUCAAUCAAUCUUGAACCGGACAGACUGCUCCGAGUCACAAAAAGUGGCAAUGAUUGCUCGUUUGUUGAGCAACACGAAUGCUAUCAACAAUCCCAACGCGUUUGAAGCUUCCCCAACGCUGCCUCAAUCGGAUACGUCAGUCGCAGAUAAUAGUGCGAUGUUCUCGGCGCUUACCGCUGAUCCUGGUAUGCUUAGCUCGCCUGAUAUGCUCAUUGACACGGAAACGCCUAUCCCAAUGCCGGCAUCAUUAGGCGUGCGACCGCCUAAUGGAAAUGCUUCGUCUAUCUCAUCUUCGCAAGAAAAGCUCGAGCCACCACCUAAGUAG